AUGUCGUUCCAAGAGGACCAGCCGGAAACCCCCGUCUACAGCGAUAUCCCUCCACCUGCCCAGCUGGCCCUGCCUGACCCGCUACCAGUCCAGGUCCCGUCCAGCGAGCUGCAAAACCCGUUUCUCCAGUCCUCGUCAGUGCACCAGGGAACCUUCUACGUGAUAUUCCUGCCCAUAGUGGGCGGGUUUGUGCUCGCGUUCCUGCUGGGGUCGGCGUAUAACCGCUUCCGCGCAAAGAGCCAAGCUCGUCACGCCAACCUUGCAGACGACUCGUUCGACUCCGACUACACAGACUCCAAAGACGACCCCAUUGUUCCGAUCAACAUUAUCAGACACAAAACGGUAGCUGGUCAGACGCGGGGCAUCGAAGUCGCAGGAUUCAGACCCGUCAGGUCCAUCAAGCUACCAUCGAAUAGCCAUACAAAAGUUUUUUACCAGCCACACCAAGGCCCAGCACAAGUCACCACCCUGCAUCUCAAGAAACAAAGCGACCUGGGUACGCCCGAGCUGCCUAUACGUGCCUCGCUCAAACGGCCAGUCAUCCGCAAAAAUACAAGCAUCGUCCUGGACCAGUUCAUCCAAACAGGAGAACUGCCAAUGAUGGACGCCCAGACAGCCCCAAACAGCAUCUACGAAUCUGGGUCCAACUCGUACGUGAGCUCGCGUAGCAUAUCGCCGGCAAAAUCGAACUACAGCUACAGCCAGAGCCCCAAGCGACACGCCGGCUCCUCGGUCACGUGA